AUCCGCGCGGCGCCUAUCUGGCAUCGGUGAAGAGCGGGCGCUAGAGCAGAGUGAGCGUGCGGUUCUUGGUCAUGGAGCGCGGUGCCGUCGUCCUUCCGCUCCAGGGCGCCGGGGUUGGGCGCGUCCUCCUCCCCGUGCAAGUGCGGGUACGGUCGUUCUUGAGGAGCAGGAGGGCGACGGAGCGGCGGCGCCGGCUCGCGAGUUCCGCGGCGCCGGCGAGGUGCAGCAAGAUGUACGUUCCCGGCUUUGGGGAGGGUUCACCGGAGCGGAAGGCGGCGAUCAACCUCCAGCACUUCUUUAACUACAUCGCUGUCAGCAUUGUCCUAGCACAGCUUGAGAGUUACAAUAGGGAAGCGUACUUGGAGCUGAAGGAGUUCAUCAGCCGCACCUCCCUGAACGACGCCGAGAUUUUCUGCGAAAAGCUCAUGCGCGAGUCUCCAAGGCUCAAGGGACUAGCCUUGAGGAUUCUGGAGGUCCGAUCUGCAUAUGUGAAGAACGAGUUCGAGUGGGACAAUUUGAAGGAAUUAUCCUUCAAGAUGGUUGAUGAGGCCAACACAAAGCUCAUGAGGGAUUACGUCGUCGAGGUCAGCCACAUUGAAGACGAAAACUAAAACAUCAAGUGGUUUCUCUUUGAACUACUAUAUUUUAUAGGCGAACGAUAACAUCAAAUGCUUUCUCUUGAACCUUGCCUACAGCAUUUUAUAAGAGGCUUGCAUGUAUAUAUAGAAGAUGUAUAGGUUAUGAAGCGCACUAGCUUGAUCCUGAAACUUUGUAUGUAGCAUAGGUACUAAACAUAGUAAGCGCAUUAGCAGUGAUACACCGUAGAUGUUUAGCAUUACUUGAAUAAAACUCGGCACGC